AUGGGCGCGUCCUCUUCCGCCGACCACGGAGGCAUCUCGGAGCAACAGCAACGGCAGGAAGAGGAGGAAAACUUAGCUGCCGCCAAUGGCUUCCUCCCCUCCCUUCGCAAUGCCUUCUCCAACCUCUCUCCGCCCUCCUCCUCUUCCGUCUCCCUCGCUUCCCUCCAGCACUUCCCUGCCCUGUCGAACAAUCUCGGCGCAACCCUGGUCUCGCUCUUCUUCCCCGUUGCCGAUGAUCGUGCUGACGGUCGUAUUGAUUGGAUUGGCUUCUUGAGCGGCUACAAGCGAUGCUACGGCAGGAUGCCCGUCUCACGAUCCAUCAACGAGCUAUACAGAUUGUACGCCGCCGUGUCCCGGGAAGCCGGAGCGCCUUGCGGCUUGGAGUUCGAUCCCGAUGCUGGCGACGAUGAUAAGGUGGGCGGGUCUCUCUUGCCGGGAGAGGUGCUUAUGCUUUUCUGGAUCUGCUGGGUCAUGGGGCAUUCUUCGAGGAUCGCGAAGAUGUCCAGAAACGCAGAGGAUCCUUUGGUGCUCCCUGACAUGAGCCAUCUGCUAGUGUCAGCUUUGGUUUCGUGCGGUGUGAUCGCGGAGGAAGAUGAGCACAUUUGGAGAUCGGAUGUUUUGGCGGUCGAUAAGGGUGUUUCUGCGCAGAAGUUUCAGACGUGGGUCUUGACGACAGCACCAGGCUCGGCGAAUUGUCUUCCGAAGUAUGUCCAGGAGAGGAUCCAAGCUUGCUCUUCUUCGAAGGAUCUCGAGUCGCAUGACAUCCACAAUGAGAUGAAAGUUCAUAGUACAUCUCAGCAUAAUGUUGUUGCAGAGAGGAUGAAUUGCAACAUCAUGGAAAAUAUCAGAUGUAUGCUUUCAAAGGCUAAGGUACCCAAAAAGUUUUGGGAUGAAGCUUUGAGGACUGCAAUUGAUGCGAUCAACUUGUCACCUUGUACAACCCUAGAUGAUGAUGUUCCAGAGCAUAUAUGGUUUGAAAAAGAUAUUUUCUACAAGCAUUUGUGA